CUCAUCAACACGGAUACUCAAUCAUCCCAAAUUUCCGAACCACUACCUUUGGAAGCUUUUACUUGCCAUCAAUUAAAAAAUCGAAAUUUACCUGAACAGGUUGUUGCAGUCAUGUCAGGGGUCAAAACCUACAACCUGGGAGAUUUCCCCCUCCAAUCCGGAGAAUCCAUCAAAGAAGCAUUCAUAGCCUUCAAAACAUUCGGAGACCCAAAGUCACCGGUGAUCAUCUAUCCAUCAUGGUUUUCGUAAGAAUUUCUCAUUUUCAUUCUUCCAACGAGAUGAAGCCUCAAGUGAAACGCUCUUUACUAAUGUCUCCACGCCUCCUUUAGCGGAUGUAAGACCAAUCCUCUCGUUCCUUCAUCUCAUUCUCAUCCAAUGAAAGAGCUAAAUAAAACACAAACUAUAAAACAACCAAUAUUAAAUAUAAAAACUAACAUCCCAAAGCAAUCGCCGACAAUGAAUGGCUCAUCGGCUCCGACCAAGUUCUCAAUCCUGAAAAGUAUUAUAUAAUAAUCACCGCGCUUUUCGGAAACGGACGGUCGUCUUCUCCUUCGAAUUCGGAUAUGAAAUCUUCUAUCAAAAUCACGUUUUAUGAUAAUAUUCAGGCGCAGUAUAGACUUGUGACGGAGCAUCUGGGGGUGAAGCAUGCGAGGGCUGUGAUUGGGUGGAGUAUGGGUGCUGGUAUGAAUCUCACCUCCCCCUUUUUGAAUACCCCCUUUUCGGGUUUGGUGUAUUGGGAUGGAAUCGAGGCACUGAUAGAAUUGUGAUGUGUGUGUAGGUCAAACUUACCAAUGGGCUACCACCUACCCAGAUUUCAUGGAUAUCAUCGUCCCAUUCUGCGGCUCUGCGAUGACGAGUUUACAUAACCAAGUUUUCCUUGAGGGCGUGAAAUCUGCACUUCUUGCGGCGAGGAAACAGUCUUCUGCUGGUUCUUGCAAGGGAAGGGCUGUUUCUAUGGAGGGACUUUCGCUUGGAGAGGAGAAGGCUUGGACGGAGGAGGAGAGGGAGGUGGGGUUGAAGGCUUUUGGGAGGGGUUAUGCUGGUUUGUUGUUUCUUUUUUCAUAUUUUGUAUCUUUUUGUGAGGGAAGAGGGGGAGUCAGGGCUUGGGGUGGAUAAUGAUUGUUGUGUUAAUGCUGAUAAUGAAUGUAGGUUGGGGCUUCAGUCAAGCUUUUUAUCGCGAGAAAUUGUAUGAGAAGGUGCUUGGAUUCAAAGACCUCGAGGAUUUCAUGGUGAACUUUUGGGAGAAAUGGGCUUUGUCGAAAGGUAAAGUACUCAAUUUCAACAUCUCAAUACUUACCAUAAGCCUUUACUAACCAUAAGGACAUUUCAGAUCCCAACAAUCUCCUCGUUAUGCUGCACACUUGGCAAGCCGGAGAUGUCUCGAAGCAAGAACCAUAUAACGGAGACUUCAAAGCUGCUAUGCAGGCUAUCAAGGCCAAGGCUCUGGUACUUCCUGGAAAGACUGAUUUGUAUUUUCCGUAAGUCUGUUCAGUAUGUCGAGGAGUUGCAUACUGAGUUAGAUAGACCUGAGGAUUCGGAGAUUGAAGUUGCGAAUAUGAGGGAGGGUGUAGGGAAGAUGAUGGUAUUUCCGAGUGUGAGUAUAAGACUAUGCUUUGGUUGAAAAGAAUGUGAACUGACUUGGUUCUUAGAUCUGGGGACAUUGGGCUGGUGGACCUGGGGAUAGCAAGGAGGAUGUUGCGUGGUUGAAUGAGAGGCUUCGGGAGGUUGGACUUUGAUAGUAAUGGCGUUUCAUAAAGAAAGCCGUGUAGAAGGAGGAAUGAUACAGUGUAUACCCAC